GCUUUGGGUGCCCAAAGCUCCGCGACUGCCAGGCCCAUUGCUGUCACCGCAUGUUGCGAACACGGCCCUCGAUGCCUUUGGCCAUGCUGUGGUGGAUGAGGUGUUAUCGUCUUCUGCGCUAUCUGCGCUUUCGAGGCAGCUGCAAGAAGCCACCAUGUACUUCCACCUAGAGGCCACAGGAAGCUACUUGGUCGCGCUCUGGGAGGAUGGUCUGGCGUCGCCUCUACUGGGGCAGGUCGUAGAGGAGCUCCUCCAGGCAUUGCCUGCGCUGUGCUUGCACCGUCUGUGCGAGGCCAGGGCUUACAAGGCCUUGGGUGUGGGCGGAUCUGCGCCGGGCCUUGCGCCAUUGGGUGCCGAUGUGACGAUGAUACUAUGGGUGCUGCCAUCG